CCGCGUUGGCAGUCAUGGCGCUCACUAUUGCCCUGUUACUAGCGACGUGUUUGAUGAUGGGUCCAUCGGUCGAAGCCGAAGUGCGUCCCGGCUUCGAAGCCAGAAUCAGCCAGUCUGGGCUGAAUUAUCUUCGAGAUGCUGGGCUGGAGAUCCUGAAGGAGGAAAUCAAACAUCUGUCAAUCCCUGAUAUCAGUGGCAAGGCUCAUGUGUCCGUGGUUGGCAAUAUUUACUACACAAUCUCAAACAUGCGAAUCAAUAGCUUCGCCAUUCCAUCAGCCACACUCACCACCCAGUCUGGAGUCGGACUCGUCCUGCGAGCCAGCGGGAUCACACUCUCUCUGUCCGGAAACUGGCAUUACAGUAACCACGGCUUCAUUCAUAUCAGCGAUAGUGGUACCUUUGAUGCAAGCUUGUCCGGUGCCUCUCUCGCCGUGACGCUUAGAAUUGGUAAGGACCAGGCCGGACGCCCAACUGUAAGCUCGGCGAGUUCGGAUUGUUCCUUCAAUGCGGGCAGCGUUCACGUCAAGUUGCAUGGAGGUGCUAGCUGGUUGUACAAUCUGUUUUCCGGAAGCAUCAGCAACUCCAUCAAAAGUUCGCUCAACAAACAGACAUGUUCCAUGAUAAUCAAGGAGGUCAAUACGGAUCUACAGAAGCAGUUUUCCAAACUGAAAACCCAAGCCCCCAUCGACCAGUAUGCCGUGAUUGACUACUCCUUGGUGACAGCUCCCCAAUUCUCUGGCCACGUCGACACAGCCCACAAGGGAGAGGUGUUCCCGAGGGACACGCCCCAUAAGGAGGCGCCGUACACAGUGCCCGUCAUACCGCCGGAUCCUGACGUUUCCCGGCACGUUUUUCUCUGGGUCACCGAUUACCUGUUCCAGACGGCUGCCUACGUGUACUACGAGGCUGGCAAGUUUGAGUUCAACGUUACUCAGGAUAAGAUGCCUCCUGGUAAAUACAGCCUGAAUACUUCCUCGUUCCUUGUCGAGUCUCUUUUGCCUAAUGUGUCCAAGAAGUAUCCGAACCUGCUGAUGCAAGUAAACGCCAAUGCCACAGCGCCGCCAGUGAUUAACAUCGGCGAGGACAAUGUCAACGUCUCCCUCAAGGCCGACUUGGAUUUUUUCGUCACCCUGCCCAACAAAACUCUGGUGUAUCUCUUCACCUUGAACUCGACCAUCAGUUGUUCGACAUUGCUGUCGAGUGAUGGCAUGAGUCUCAAAUGGAUGACCGACUCCUUGCGUAUCGUGGUUGCUUUGAAACGGUCCGCCAUCGGAAAAAUCCAGAUGAAACCGAUCAGUGAGGCUGUUCACGCCCUGACAAGUUUCUUCCUCAUUCCAUGGAUCAACGAGGAAGGAAGGAAGGGUUUCCCAUUGCCUACCAGCCCUAACAUCAAGUUGGAAAAAACAGUCAUCAACUGGUUGUACAAUCUGUUUUCCGGAAGCAUCAGCAACUCCAUCAAAAGUUCGCUCAACAAACAGGUAUGA